AUGGUGCAUAAAUUAGUUCAAGUGUACAAUGAUCUUGGUGCAUCAGAAAGAUGCCUAAUCCAUUUAAAAAAGGCAUUUCAACAGUGUUCAACAUUAUCAUUUUCAUCUGAAGAAGUCAACGCAACAAUUUUAAAUCAACAAAAUAAUACUAUUGCACCAGAUUUAAUAUGUUUUGGUGGAGGUUAUGAUUUAGGCUAUCUAACUUCACUAAAAGUAUCUGGUUGUUUAAAAUUGCAUGAUUAUAUUCAAAAUCAUGGAGGAAAAUAUCUUGGUAUAUGCGCUGGCGCGUAUUUCGCAUGUACUGCCUCAGGUCCAGUUUAUCCAGGUUUUCAGUAUAACAGUGAAAAUGGCAGUUAUGCAGUUCCUAUUCAUGCUACCUCCAAAGAUCUUAACCCACAGACAACUGUAGUAUAUUAUAACGGUGGAUGUACUUUUGGAUCUGUCAAUUGGGAUAAUUCACAAGUUCUGUACGAAUACUCAGAUAGUGGUAAACCAGCUAUUAUAGCCUCGAAGUUAGGCAGCGGUUAUGGUAUUUUAAGCGGUGUCCACUUUGAAUAUGAUCCAUUUUUAUUAGAAAAACAAAUUGGCAACGUUGGUUAUGAUGAUGAUGAUGAUGAUCACGAUGGGAAUGAUCAUGCAUUUAUUGAAACAUUGAAGGCGAAUAAUUUAUCUCGUUUAGAACUAUUUCAAAAUUUGAUUAAACAGUUGUUGAAUUCAGAGUUCAACUUCUAA